AUGAGAACUUCUUUCCAUAUCGGCCCUGGGGGCCCUCUACUAACAGUGAAGCACCGAAUAUCCAACACACCAUCACUCGAAUACCUUCAAUCGCUUCCGCCAAGGUCCUUCUUCACCCUCACAUACAAGCAUUUCUUCAGACUCCGGCAUCUCAUCUCGGAUAGGGACUAUCACCAGGACCAGUAUCUUCGGCUUCUAAAAAGGCGCUUUCUUCGAGGCGAUUUCAAUCUCCGCAGACAAAAGGUGCUCGGCAUUCACGAUGAUUUGUCUCAUGGAGCUCUAGUCAAGCGAAUCUACAACACAUACAUUUUCGUGUUUAAUGCCACUUGCAAUAUGAAAGACGAACCUGAAACAGUAAAGACGUACGAUGAUGUGAAACGAGUCAACAGACCUCGGUUGGAGACACAAAUUCUCCAAACAAUCCUAAAACUUGAAGAACAGGCACCUAUCCACGUUAGGCUCGACACUGAAUACCGGUGGCUUGAUGAGGCUUCGAAGAGGGAGCAAGAGCUUGUUCUGGGGAUGAUCGACAAAAAGAGAGCAAAAGAGCUCAACAAGUCGAGAGAGGUCGUUGACAUAGGCUACGCUGACUACGAAAGAAUGACCAUGGCACUAAACGAAUCCUUGGACCUUUGUCUCUAG